AUGACGACCGCAACUGUUUUUGCGCUGAUAUUCUGCCACCUUGUGCUGUGUUCGUUCACCGUACGAGGAAACGAGUCGGAAACGAUAACCGACGUGGAACCCUUCCAAGGAAUCAAAACAAACCUUAUGUUUCAGGUGCUGAAGCGGUUGGACGAGAUUGAUCAGCGCAUAAGCCUUUUGGAACGAAGAAUACAGAGCAACCACCAUAUAUCCACGGGCGUCAUCGCGGACAAGCUGGAAGGGAUCAGUGAUAAGCUCGAAAGCAUCAACAAAACAAUACGUCAAAAUGUUGGCACCUAUUAUGCUUCCUGUCUGGAAGCACCGACCCUGCUGAGUGAUGUGUACAUCAUUAAACCACCGGCACCGAGUGUGCCCCCAUUCCAGGUGUACUGUGAACAGAACUACCGAAAAGGUGGUUGGAUUGUGCUGAGCCGUCGGUUCGAUGGCUCGCUCAACUUUACCCGCGAUUGGGCCGACUAUCGCGACGGUUUCGGAUCACCCGAGGGCGAGUAUUGGUUGGGGCUGGAGAAAAUGCACCGCAUCACCGGAUCCGACUACUUCCAGCUGUUAAUUCACCUGAAGGACUACGACGGUACGGUCAAGACGGCACUGUACGACGAUUUCGAGAUUGGCAACGAAUCCACCGGCUAUCGGUUGCAUUUGGGUACGUUCGUCGAAGGAAAUGCGAAGGAUUCGCUUCGGGCCAGCGUUGGCAUGAAGUUUUCGACACCCGAUCGGGAUAAUGAUGAACAUCCGGGCUCUUGUGCAGAGUAUUACGCCAGCGGUUGGUGGUAUCGGAAUUGUAUGAACGCCAAUCUCAACGGUCUCUAUCAAAGGUUUGACCCACGAAAUGCGACAGUGAAUUGGUUCGGAUUUCGCGACGACCUUCAAGGAUUGAAGGAGGCAACGAUGAUGAUAAGAGAGGAGUCUUCGUAA